AUGCAUCUGUUCCUCCUGGUUCUCUGCCUGCUGGUGAGCAGCACGGCCUCGGUGAACCUCAUCUACCAGCCGGGGGCCGUCGGAACCGAUGUGGUGAAGACCGUCACCGAUCUCAUCCAUCAAAACUGUAUCUUCUUUGGAGACAACCUGUUCUUACGAAACCUGGCAUACGUCGAAACUAAAGAUGGCUCAAUGGCUGGCCAUGUAGACCCAGAGAGGUCAGUCUAUUCUUCAGAAGGACAUAAAAUUAAAAGAUAUAAUUUUAUCGCCCAAAUUAGACAGGCAUUCAGUAUUGACUGGAGCAGCGUCACUUGGCAUGAUUUGCGCAAACCUUUGUACUCUGGGCUGGCAGCUGCACUGUACCUCACACUGAAGGCAGGGGGCCAGGAGCUACCGCAGACAGUAGAGGCACAGGGCAAGUUCUGGGGAAACAAUUACCACACUGGCGGGGCGCCCUACAACUACACCACAACUGUAGAGCAGAUGAAGACGGUUUGCAGAAGCAGUGAAGUUACAGAUAUCAUCUUUAUGAUUGAUAGUUCAAGUAGUAUCAGUCCAGAUGACUUCACAAGAGCCAAGAAUUUUGUGAAGAAUAUUAUCCAGGACUUCCCUGUCGCAUCAGACAAAACACAUAUUGCAGUUAUCAAGUAUGCUAGCAGUGUCAGUGUCGAGUUUCCUCUUAACAGGUUCUAUGACAAAAAUCAGCUUAUUAAUGCUGUGUCUGCCAUGAGUCAACCCGGUGGUAACACUAACACGGCCAGUGCCAUCAACAAAGCUCUUGACAGUGUCUUCCCACAGAGUUAUGGCGGACGUCCACAUGUUCCAAAGGUGGUAAUACUGUUGACUGAUGGCAAGUCUGAUGAUGAAAUUGACACGCGUCAUGCAGCUGAGCGAAUUCACCAGCAAGGAAUUGCUACAUUUACCAUUGGUGUUGGCCAUGGGAUUGACAAGUCUGAACUGGACCUGAUAGCCACGACGCCAACCUGCAUCCACUCCUUCGUGGUGCAGGAGUACAGACAGCUGCAUGCGCUGGAACAGGAAAUACUCACCAGUACUUGCAAUGUUCCACUGUAUGCAAACUGGACAGUAACUUGUGAAUUAGGAAAAUGUCCAGUCUAUGCAUUCCCUAUUGACUUCCCACAUGGAAUAACAAUUGAGGCGAAUGUGUCGUGCGGUUCAGCUAAUGUGUUCACAGACUUCAAGAACUACAUGCCGAGUGGAUCCCACAACCUGAUGAGCAAACUACUGAAUGGCGGAGACAUCAUCCGCUUCUUCCAGCCUGCUAUCUCGUCGGACAUCAAAUUUCUCUACAUCCGAUCAAAAGACUUGUCUCACAUUAGCGGCUGCUCAAUCACCCUUACUCCUUUCUUUGGAGACAAAACCGAUACAAAGGUUCAUGUAACCUGUACUCAGAACCACAAAAGUCGCAAUUGUACCUGUGAUGACUUUGAAUCCUUUAAGUGUAAAGGUAAUGGUUUUCAGUGGCCACCAAAUAAUCCAUGCACUCCGGAAAACAUCAGGAAUAACAAGCUGAGGUUCCCGGAUGUGUUGGACAACACAAAGUUUCUGAUGUGUGACAAGAAGGGCAAUAUCUAUCUGGUUCAGUGUCCACCAAAACAAGUGUACAACCCAACCUGUGAAACUUGCUAUGGAGCACAGACACAAAGCGUUCUAAACUGUAAGGACCCUUAUGCUGGCAAGAACCCAUGCACUGCAAAUAAUAUUUUGCACAACCACAUGUUCUUUCCAUAUCCUGGUGAUGACACGAAGUUCAUCCACUGUGAUGUAUGGGGUCAUCCCUGGGUCGUUAGCUGUCCGCCAACGUUCCUCUGGGUCCAACAGAAGCUGACAUGCGAGCAUCCCGACACCAUGUACAACCCGUGCCAUACCAACAGCCACGGCAUGCGAUUUUUUGCGUAUCCCGGUAAUGCACAUAAAUAUAUUGAAUGCAUUGACAGCAAAGCUCCUAUAGUGUUUGACUGCCCACCUCAUCAGAUCUGGGACGACUGUGUGAAAACCUGCGUACCGCGUGAUCACCUGUCAGCGUGCGGGAGACACAGGCUGCACGAGAUCUUGAUGACGACUACCUACCAGAACUAUUACACUACUGCCCCAGUACCAAUAGGGCAGGGGAAACUGGUGUCCACUCCGUGGGUAUACCCAUGCACGUAUCAGCAUGUGAGAAAUGACGAACUGUUUCACCCGUAUCCCUUGGAUACAACAAAGUACAUUCAGUGCGACUUGUCUGGCUACCAGUGGCUGCAGUCCUGCAGAAGUGGUGACUCAUAUGAUCCAAAUUCGCACACCUGUGUUGAUGGUAAUGUGCAUAUUGAUGGCAUCAUUGGCAAGUAAUCAUCUCUUGCUGAAUGUUUUGCACUGUUGAUGACUAAAAGUAGUAUGUCUUUUUUCACUACUUACAGCUGUUUUAUGUCAUAAAGUCUACAAUCACUGGACUAAUGGAUGCACCACAUUGACAGUAAUACUUUUGAAACACUCAUAUUAAAUAAAUUCAGUUGCCACUAACAUAGCAGUGUUUUUGAGCAGAGAAUGGUGUUUAUUAUAAUAAUAUAAUCAAGACACUGUUGCUUAUUGUGUUUUGCAGAAGGCAGUUAGUACAUUUGUACUGCUGGUUUAUAUACUGCUGCUGAAGAUUAACACCACAUUGAGACUGAGAUUUGUGAAAUCAUUUACAUCAAAAAUUAAUUACAAAUAAAUAUGAAUUUGAAAUUGAAGUGAUGCUUUAAGUGCUUGUAUUAAAUUUUGUUACUGGAAAUAAAACAAGGAAAAAAUAAAUGCAGA